AUCCACAUGAGUUAAAUUCUAAUAUUGAAGAUCCACAUGAGUUAUAUUCUAAUAUUGAAGAUCCACAUGAGUUAAGUUCUAAUAUUGAAGAUCCACAUGAGUUAUAUUCUAAUAUUGAAGAUCCACAUGAGUUAUAUUCUAAUCUUGAAGAUCCACAUGAGUUAUAUUCUAAUAUUGAAGAUCCACAUGAGUUGUAUUCUAAUAUUGAAGAUCCACAUGAGUUAUAUUCUAAUCUUGAAGAUCCACAUGAGUUAAUUUCUAAUCUUAAAGAUCCACGUGAGUUAUAUUCUAAUCUUGAAGAUCCACAUGAGUUAUAUUCUAAUCUUAAAGAUCCACAUGAGUUAUAUUCUUAUCUUGAAGAUCCACAUGAGUUAUAUUCUAAUCUUGAAGAUCCACAUGAGUUAUAUUCUAAUCUUGAAGAUCCACAUGAGUUACGUUCUAAUCUUGAAGAUCCACAUGAGUUAUAUUCUAAUCUUGAAGAUCCACAUGAGUUAAGUUCUAAUCUUAAAGAUCCACGUGAGUUAUAUUCUAAUCUUGAAGAUCCACAUGAGUUAUAUUCUAAUCUUGAAGAUCCACAUGAGUUAUAUUCUAAUCUUGAAGAUCCACAUGAGUUAUAUUCUAAUCUUGAAGAUCCACAUGAGUUAUAUUCUAAUCUUGAAGAUCCACAUGAGUUAUAUUCUAAUCUUGAAGGUCCACAUGAGAUAUAUUCUAAUCUUGAAGAUCCACAUGAGUUAUAUUCUAAUCUUGAAGAUCCACAGGAGUUAUAUUCUAAUCUUGAAGAUCCACAUGAGUUAUAUUCUAAUCUUGAAGAUCCACAUGAGUUAUAUUCUAAUCUUGAAGAUCCACAUGAGUUAAGUUCUAAUCUUAAAGAUCCACAUGAGUUAAGUUCUAAUACUGAACAUCCACAUGAGUUAUAUUCUAAUCUUGAAGAUCCACAUGAGUUAUAUUCUAAUCUUGAAGAUCCACGUGAGUUAUAUUCUAAUCUUGAAGAUCCACAUGAGUUAUACCUCCAAGUUUCAUCAAAAUUAUUGCACCUGUUUUCUCGUAACAACAAGCCAGACGACUAG